AUGGGCCUUCAUCUCAUGCAGCACAGCUGUCUUGACCACGUACCUCCACGUGACGGAAGUGAUGAUGGAAAGCCAACACUCGCAGAACUGAACCGGCGCUCGGGCGAAGUGCUGCAGAGAUUCACGGGCUACGACGUGAGCGCACUUCGGAGCCGCUGUCAGUACAGCAAGCUUCUCCACUUGCCUCGGGCUACGCGAGCCAGGACUGUAGGGCGAACAGUGCCCAAGGACUGCGAAGUUGGUGCCCACGGUGCCAGGACAGCGAAGGAGCUGAGAAAGCUCUCCUUCCCACAUGCCAAAGCAGAAGCCCUGCUGGCAAAGCAGAAUGCAAGACAGCGACGUAUUAACGUGGCACACAAGAAAGGCCUGCGCAGAAAGACGUUUCGUUGUGGCAAGGGCAAAGGAGGGUGCCAGCUAGAUAUGGACUGUCGGUAUGACAGUGUCUACGAUCCUGAUUUGGGUUUAGAGGAUUUAGGGUUCGAUGGAUACCGCCGCGGUGGAUACCGCCAGCAGAAUCCCCAGCCAAAGGUACCAAUUGCAAAUUUUGCAAGGUCUUGGACUCAACAUCCAGUCCUUCCACACCGCCAACGCUUCGAGCGCUGGUAUCGCGCCGUAGAACUUGCAGAGGAGACCGCCCGACAUUUCAGACCUCUGCGAGACAAUUCUGGUUUCCAGGCCUUGCUUGACGAGGCGCUUCAGCGAUUAUCCUCUGAGGAUGCUUUCGAUGCUCUCCGCAUCCGGUUCCUGCACAGGCAUGGGGGGAACGUACUGCGGAGCUUGAAGCAGGGAGGGGGCGUGAAAAUUCAACGUCUGUUACCAGCACCGCUGUCCGGCCAUGCUCGCAGCCGAUUUCUGCAAACCUACUGCGGUGGAAAAGGUGGCGCCCUGCGGCCAACGCUCCAUGGCACCAAUGUCAACAACCAUGCAUCCAUAUUUGAGCGUGGCUUGCUCAUCCCUGAUCCAGCCACAAACGGGCUGACAGUAGUCCAUGGAUCUGCACAUGGUCUUGGGGUCUACAGCGCUUCUGUGAGCAACCCUUGUUUGGCUCUUGGCUUCGUUCAAGGGCACGGCCAGGCUGCAGUGCUGGUGUGUGGCGUGGUGGAUGACACAAGCUGCCUGGCCAUGCCGCAGCAGUACUGUGGCAGGAUGUGCAGGCGAGAGUCCAGCAACAUUCGGGUGGUUGACGACGCAGUGAUCGCAUUGACGUCCGACCGCAUUGCUCCACUCUUCAAGGUUGACUACGUGCAGCGGACUCGCCAGUCUGCCGCGCCUGUUGCGAAGAAGGCAGGCAGUCAUCCGAGGCCGCAGCCGAAGCGCAAGACAUGCAACAUAUACACAUGCAACAUAUUUCAGUCUGCUGGGGAGCUGGAGUUCUUCAAGUGUCCUUGGCAACUCUUGCUGCGCAAGCCCUUUUCGCGCAUCUCGCCGGGCGCGCUGCGGCGCGCGAAGAUGGAGUGGGCCUCCCUAAAGCACCAUAGUUCCAAAUGGCUUAAGGCGCAUGGCUAUUGGAACGCUGCCGCCGCCAAGGCCUUCUGA